CUCACACAGGACUUCACAGCGUGGACGUGGGAGGCAACAUCCACACACUCAUCUCACCUCUUGAGUGGUGCACCCACCGAACAGACUGAGACCUCAGAUCGUCUCAAGAGGAUUUCUACAUGAUUCCCCUUUGACUGGAAUGCCAAUCAUGGAGAAGAAAGAGACAGUCUGGCACCCAGACAGCCAAAAGUUGCCAAAGGUCCCUGUGCCGCCACUGAAACAAACCCUCGACGUUUACUUGAAGAGUGUCCAACACCUGGUCGGGGAGGAGCAGUUCAAGAAAACAAAGGCCAUUGUGGAGAAGUUUGGGGCUCCUGGAGGCGUCGGAGAGGUUCUCCAGAAGAAGCUUUCAGAGAGGAGGGACAAGACAUCCAACUGGGUGUUUGACUACUGGCUGGAGGACAUGUACUUGAACAACAGGAUGGCCCUUCCGGUCAACUCCAGUCCCGUCACGGUGUAUCCUAAGCAAGCGUUUAAAGAUCAGAAAGACGCCCUCGGAUUUGCUGCUCGUCUCAUCAGAGGAGUAGUGGACUAUGCUGCUCUCAUUGAUAAGCGGUCACUGCCAGUGGAUGUUGCUGGAGGUAAGCAAGCUGAGACUCCUCUGUGCAUGGAGCAGUACUACCGCGUCUUCAGCUCCUACCGCGUCCCGGGGUUACAGACGGACACGCUGGAGGUCGAGACGAACGUAGCGUCCGCCGCGUCGCAGCACGUCAUCGUGGCGUGCAAGAACCAGUUUUUCGCGUUGGAUGUAGUCACAAACGGCAAGCAGCUCAACGAGACUGAGAUCUUAUCCCAACUGGAGAAAGUCAUGACGAUGGCAGAAAACGCAGCAGAGCGACUCCCUCCUUUGGGCAUCCUGACAUCUGAUGGGAGAACAGAAUGGGCGCAAGCCAGAAAUGCACUAGCAAAAGAUCAAACCAACAGGGACUCUCUGGCCCUGGUUGAGAGCUGUCUGUGUGUGGUGUGCCUGGAUGAGCACGGUGGCCUGGUGCCCAGGGAUUCUAACAGGGCCCUGCAGCUGCUGCAUGGUUGCGGCCGUGAGAAGAAUGGGGCAAACCGCUGGUAUGACAAAUCGAUACAGUUUGUUGUAGGAAUGGACGGGACUUGCGGAGUUGUGUUCGAACAUUCGGUGUUCGAGGGAAUGGUUAUGGUGCAUUGCUCUGAAUACGUAUACAACUACGUAAUGGGGAGUCCGUCCAAGACGGCGGGAGCAUCCGGCAUCAGUAACCUCGCCCCUCCAAGAAGGCUGCUCUGGAAAUGCGACCCACAGAUCGAAGGACUUUUAGCAGCUUCAGGAGACAGACUCCAGUGGCUGGUGAAUAAUCUGGACAUGGAUGUUUUCAUUUUCGAUUUCUAUGGGACAGAAUUCAUAAAAAAACAGAAGACGAGUCCCGAUGCAUUCAUACAACUUGCCUUACAACUUGCGGUUUACAAAUGCAACAGAAGGCUCAGGCCCACUUAUGAGAGUGCGUCCAUUCGGCGUUUCAAACGAGGUCGGGUUGACAAUAUUCGCUCUGCCACCCCGGAGGCCCUGGCCUUUGCGACGGCCAUGACAGAUGAGAGGGCCACUUUCUCCGAUGCGGAAAAAAUGAAACGAUUGCAUAAUGCAAUCAAUGCCCAGACAAAUUAUACAAUUGCAGCUAUUUCAGGAAUGGCAAUAGACAAUCACCUCCUCGGGCUCCAGAGGAUCGCAAAGGAGCUCAACAUGGAGAAGCCAGACAUCUUCAGUGACGAGACAUAUUCGUCCAGUAACCAGUUCAUCCUGACGACUAGCCAGGUCCAAACCACAGUGAAGAUGUUAUGUUGCUACGGCCCGGUGACGCCCAACGGCUACGGCGCCUGUUACAGCCCGAAGUCAGACCACAUCAUCUUCUGCGUGUCCAGUUUCUGGGAGAACACAGAGACGAACUCGGCCGUUUUCGUCAAAGUCCUGAACGACGGCCUGCUGGAUAUCAGGGACCUGUGCAACAGAACCAGUGCUGCGUCUCCCAAACGGGUCGAUGGUGGCCAGAGUCAGGCAUCAGGGAAGUAAGACAAACUGAAAGAGCACGGCACCUCAAGCUGCUCCACUCAGCAAACGUAGACUUAGACUCAGUAGUUGAGAUGCAUGUGUGUGUCUUUGUUGUCUGUGUGGUCGUGUUCCUUUAAGAUAUUGCCUAAAAGAUCAUUUAUACUAUAUAAUACUAAAAGAAAUGUGAUUUGAUUGAAAACUGGAAAACUUUUUUUUAAUUUGGGGAUAUGUGGAUAAUGAUUUUGGGUCCAACAGUUUGACUCAGCAGACUGAGAUGAACUGAAACUGAAGCCAUGCCCGCUUUGUAGUCCUGAUGAGAGGCAACUCCCCGAGCAGUGAAUCCGCUGAGAGAUCCCGAUGUACAUUUUACAAACACAGAAUAGUAAUGGAUAUGAGAAUAUUCUGUAAAAGUAAAAAAGAAAAGACAGUUUAUUCAAGAUGCUUAUAACAACCUUGACACCCUGUAAAGAUGAUCCUGUUUAACGUUGUGUGCCAUCAUGUAAUAACAAACUGGAUCAGUUAUAUUAUAUACUGUGCACGAUCUAAUUUAAUGUGCUAAAGUGAUGUCAUGGUUUAUUCUAGUGACACCAUGAGGUUUCCAAAGAGGUGGUGUGUAUAUGUGAAGUCGGUCUGAUGAGGCACUUAAAUAUUUGAAUCAAUAACCGUAAACGCAGAGGAUGGGUUAUGAGUAAUGUGCAUAGAGGGAGUACUGAUGUGGUUUCAGUGGCACGUUUAAGGUUGUCUCCAUGUGUGUCUGUGUUCCAUGUUAAAGCAACAGUUAUUACGUGUGAUACAGUGUUACUUUAAAAGUAUAACACAGUCUAGUGGUGAUUGAGGCAAACAACUGUGUUCAUGUGUAUGUACGUGCUUUUUAUUUGCAUUUGGAGGUAAAAUGAGGGAUGUAUUGUUAUACUGUAGUGCAAUAAAACAAUAGCAAGUGCAGUGAGGGUAGAUGUGCAAUUUUAAAAAAAUAAACUCUAAAGAUGCAUGGAGCUUAGGUACUAAUAUAUUGACUAUUUUUGAUAAUCAGAAAUAUUGGACGUUACAUUGUGCAUGCUGUUUGUGGAAAAAAAAUAUUGAUUCAAAGUGUACUGUGACUUGUCUUGUAUAAUGUCUUUCAAUCUGUGGUGGCUCAUGUAAAAAUAGAAUUGAAUCAGAGAUGUGAGGAUAUGUGUUGUCCUGUCUCCACUGUAUGACACUUGUUAUGUAUCUUCCAAAGUGAUUGUAAUCCGUGUAGAUUAUUUCAAAAAUCAAUGACACAAAAAAACUAUAAGCGACACACAUUGCAUGUUUAUUCUUAUAUGCUAUCUGUAUUUUUUUAUGUUCACAUGAAAAUAUGAUAUGAUAGAGGAACAUACUAGUAAAGGGUACAAAUAAGUAACACAUGCCUUAAAAUAAAUGGAUGUAAACCGUUUUCCUGCCAGAUGUGAUAUUCUAAAAUGAUUGAAUGUUUUACCUCUGAAGUUAAUUAGAUUUGUUGGUGAUUGCUAAGUGCUACAUGUUAAUUAUGUAAUACCUGUCAUGUGUUCACUGGGUUUUCCCUUUGUAAACCAUGGGAGUAACUCUUGCCGUUAUAUCCUUUCAACCACUGAAUAGUAUUAAUGUGGAUUAAUGUUUAAUUAUUUAUGAAUGGCAAUUAAUGUAACACAUCUUUGACUGGGUUCAAUGAAUAUUCAAUGAAAACGUGUAUGUUUAUCAUGAAAAACUAAAUAAAAAGGCAGAUUAGUUUGUUUUAGGGUACAACGAUAUGUUGUUGAUAGAAGAAAUUGCUAAUUUAAGAUGUAAUACAACUGUUGUGUUGCAAAAACUCGUACUUUAUUCCAGAAAUAAAAGGAACUCUAAACUAUC